AUGCCUAAAUUACCCUCCCCAUUUCUAGUACUGCUGCAUACUUACUUCACUCUCCUUCUAAUUUCCAUACCCUUCCAAGUAAAUUCUCAAUUCCCAAACACAGAAGAACUAACCAUCCUCCUCAACAUUAAGCAAGAACUGGGAAAUCCACCAUCUCUCAGUUCUUGGAACGCCACGUCAUCACCGUGCAACUGGCCUGGAAUCACCUGCAUAGAAAAUUCGGUCACCGAAAUUUCGCUCCAGAACAAAUCCAUCACCCAAAAAAUCCCACCAACAAUAUGCAACCUGAAAAACUUAACCUCCCUUGACCUUUCCGUAAACAACAUCCCCGGAGAGUUUCCAGAUAUCUUGAACUGCACCAGACUUGAAAUCCUGGAUCUCUCUCAGAAUCUUUUCGUGGGUCCGUUACCAAACGAUAUCGACCGCCUUUCGGCUCUCCAAUACAUCAAUUUUGGGGCUAACAACUUUUCUGGCUACAUACCCCCGAGUAUAGGCCGAUUGUCGGAGUUGCAGGUGUUGUAUCUUUAUCAAAAUGAGUUCGACGGCACGUUUCCGAAAGAAAUCGGUAACUUAUCUAAUCUCGAAGUGCUGGGUUUGGCCUUUAAUGAGAAGAUGAAACCUGCAAGUAUUCCAGUCGAAUUUGGAAAGUUAAAGAAGUUGCAGACUCUGUGGAUUAAUGAAGCAAACUUGAUGGGCGAAAUCCCGGAUUCUCUCACCAAUCUUACGAGUCUUGAAACUCUGUCUUUGGCAAUAAACCAGUUGUCAGGUCCUAUUCCUAGUGGAUUGUUUUCGUUAAAGAACUUGACAAGCUUGUAUCUCUUCCACAAUAAACUAUCUGGUGAGUUGCCAAACUCGUUUGAAGGUCAGGUAAAACAUUGCAGAAUGGGCAUGGAGACACUAUGCAGAAGAAAAGCCUAUCAUGGAUGUUUUUGA